AUGCAUAUUACUUCACAGUACUGGCUGACUCGCCAUAGCAUUUUGACGUGUUGUGAGAUAUUAAAGUGUCGUGAACUUUGUGAUACGAAUUUGUACAACAAAAUGCCGUCCGAAGACUACGCUCUGUACGUGAAGGAGAUGCGGGACUGGCUCAACUCACAGGCACAUUUACCUAAAGAUGUUUCGGACAACAUUUUAUACCGGUUCGCGCACAGCUGCUACUUCAACAUGGAGAAGGCGAAGAAGGCGGCGGAGCUGUUCUUCACGAUACGAGGGAACUCCCCCGAGAUACUGGCCGACAGAGACCCCUUCUCCCCCCACAUGGCCAAGUUCAUCAAAACUGUGAAUCUAGCGUGCAUCACGAUCUCCGGCAACCGGCGCGUCUGGAUAUGGCAGCUCAACGACCCUGGCCUAGAAAACUACGACUACCUCACAGACGCCAAACUCUUCUUCCUCACCACUGACUCCUGGCUGCUGGACGAGGAGACUCAAUUCUACGAGAACGAUAUCGUGGUUAUGGACGUUAAGGAUAUAGGAAUCAAGAUGCUGACGAAACUGAAUAUGUCGAUUGCGAAGAAGCUGUCGAAAUAUCAACAGGAAGCAAUGCCAAUCAGACUGAAACACAUACACUUCGUUAACAGCUCGUCAAUAAUGGACAAGCUAUUCACUGUAUUCAAAUCGCUACUGAACAAGGAAAUUAUUGACUUGAUCCAUUUCCACCAGCCGAACUCGGAUUCGCUGUUUAAAUUCUUCAACAAGGAUGAGCUGCCAGAGGACUACGGUGGUACUCUACCAGCUAUGAAGGUCCUCAUGGCUGACGCUAUGAAACGUCUGGAGAAGAAUAGGGAACUACUGAAUAACGAAAACCUGUGGGUAGCGCAGACCAAGAAGAACAAAAAGUCAGCGCCCGCGCCCGUUGUGGAAAUUGACUCCUUCCGAUCACUAGCCAUAGAUUAAUGUUAUACACGUAUACUCCCUUAACAUACAAGGUGUCACAAGUGAUAAUACUUUAGGAUGUGUAUUGUGUAUGAGUCUCAUG